AUGGCGCAUGCAGGUAAACGCAUGCAUGCAGCAGCUGCAGCAGCAGCAGCAGCAGCAGCAACAGUAGCAGCAGCAACAACAACUGCAGUAGUAGCAGUAGGAGGAGCAGCAGCAACAGCAGCAGCAGCAGUACCAGCAGCGGAAACAGCAGCAGCAGCAGCAGCAACAGCAGCAACAGCAGCAACAGCAGGAGAAACAGCAGUAGCAGCAGCAGCAGCAGAAACAGCAGUAGUAGCAACAGCAGCAGCAGCAGCAGCAGCAACAGUAGCAGCGAUAGUAGCAGCAGCAACAGCAGUAGUGGCAGCAGCAGUAUAA